UAAAUACAACUUAUUUGAAAACAGCUCAGGAACAGUGUAGGAAGAUUUGCCUCUGCAAAAAUAAGUCAGGUUUCUCUUUUGGGGUGGGGGUGGGUUAUUUUUUUUGACGAUGGGAGAUUAUAUCUUUUAGACGAAAAGAUGCCAAUUUUGUAACUACAUGAUGAUCUUAUAUUAUUGUCACGUAUAAUAAGGUCAAAUUUAUUAGCUGUUCGGUUUAUUGUCCUAUUGUUUUUGACAAUGCAAGAUUAUAUCUUCAAAACAAACAGAAGAUGCCAGUAUAUGCUAUCACUGUAUGCUAUUUUAUUAUUAUUAUCACAUAUAUAAUAAGGUCAAAUCCAUUAACUGUUCUUUUAAUUGUCUUAUGCUCUAAGGUUUUGUGCCAUAAUCUUGAAAAUUUGCUGAAAAACUUGUUUUAGAAUGUUGUAAUAUCUAACACCCCUAAUAAAAAAUGCUAAAUUUUAGUCCUUAAUUUGUAUAUCAGAUGAGUACAGUAAAACUGUAAAAGAAUAUGAUAUAAAAUGAGUGAAUAAGAUGGUGAAGUUACCGUUAUACUUCUCAGUUAUCAAGCACAGAAUAAAAUGAAUACUGAACAAAGGAUAUCAAGAGCAAGGAGAUGGAUAAGGUUGAGAGGCAUUUUGUGUUGGUUCAUGGAGCUUGUCAUGGAGCAUGGUGUUGGUAUAAGUUAGCAACGCUGCUAAGAUCAGCAGGUCACAGGGUUACUGCUCUGGACAUGGCUGCUUCUGGAGUUCACCCUAAGCGGCUGGAUGAAGUCUGCUCGUUGUUGGACUACUGUGAACCGUUGACGGAAUUCAUGGAGUAUCUGCCGGUGGAUGAUAGGGUGGUUCUGGUGGGUCACAGCAUGGGCGGGAUCUGCAUAUCUGUGGCCAUGGAGAGGUAUCCUGAAAAAAUUUCUUUUGCUGUUUUUAUCACUGCUUUCAUGCCUGGUCCCAACUUAGAUUUUCCUACUAUCAAUCAAGAGUUCAAUCGAGCAUUGGACUCUUAUAUGGACAGCCAAUUUAAGUUCGAUCAGGGGCUGGACAAGUCUCCAACCUCGAUCCUCUUUGGCCCCAACUUUUUAUCUUCCAAGUUCUAUCAACUAUCCCCACCCGAGGAUUUUACUUUGGCAAGCUUGUUGGUGAGACCACUUGCUUCAUUUAACGAGGCUGAAGUGUUGAAGGAAAUUUCUCUUACUAAGGAGAAAUAUGGAUCGGUCCGUCGAGUUUAUAUUGUGAGUGACCAAGAUAAUGUGAUUAAGGAGGAUUUACAGAGGUGGAUGAUAGAGAAUAAUCCAACGGACGAGGUGCAGGCGAUCUCCGGUUCAGAUCACAUGGUGAUGUUCUCCAAGCCUCAGGAGCUCUGCACCUUCCUGCAGGAGAUUGCUGUGAAUUAUUGCUGAUUCAUUGUGUCACUCCUAGAGUCCUACCUAGCAAGUAACUUCGGAUAUGCGGAAUCCCUCGCAAAUUACACAUAUUAUUUAAAUUCAUGUAUUUUUGCACCCUUAAAAUCAAACUUUGAACGUCCGAGUUUACGGCUCGCCUCAGGAGACUCUUUACCCCGUAUAUAUUAAUGAUUUGACAUACAAAUGUGAAGAUAAUAGAUAGUAUCCAGUUUUAGUUGGAUGAACAUUCUGCCAUAAAUCCCAGA